GAGAGAGAAAAAAACAGGAAGUGUCCAGCAUUAUAUUCACACAACCCAAAUGAAACUACCCUGACUGACUACAUUUCUGAGAGGCUGAACGUUGCGAUUCGAACUGUAUCCUGAGGAAAAUUACUACUGAAAACGACAAGACUGUUCCGGGUUGUUUAAUGCAUCGUUUCAGAGUCGGAGAGCUCGGCUCCACAGAGUCAGAAUGGGCAACUUAGCUGGUAAACACAACAGUCAUCAUAGUCCUACAGACCAGCCUCCUAAAGCAGUGUGUGAAACUGAGACGCGAAGCCUAACCAUGGACCCACAAGAGGACAAUGAAGUCUUUGCAGAGGCAGAUGUUAAUCAGAACAAUGGAUCCUCCUCAAAGCAGAAGAAGAUGGUAGCGCCAGGCUCCAAGAGUGUAGAGGACCCAAAGAAUGCUUGGAAGUCGCCCAGCACAGCUGAGCCAGCUGGACGCCCACACUUGGUCCGCCUCUUUUCUCGUGACGCGCCAGGACGUGAGGACAACACCUUCAAAGACCGCCCAUCUGAAUCCGAAGACCUUCAAGCCAUCCAAGAGGAUAGCUCAGUUCCUGUGACGAGCUCAGAUUUGAUGGAAGUGCAGAAACUGUCCUCACAAUCAUCAGCUAAGAAGGGACAAGUAGCAAAACAAAUGGCAUCCGCAAGUGCCUCAGACCAUGCUAAGCAAGCUGGAGGAGCCCACUCAAGGCAAAGAGACUCGGGUAUACUCGACCAGCUGGGAAAGUUUUUUGGGCAAGAAGGUUCCAGGAAAGUACCUGAGAAGGGCAAGGAACCAGCAACCAGGAGUGUGCUAACAGCACCAACCACACACAAGGCCCAUCCAGGGAGACAAACUGAUGAUAGUGCUGUUGUCCACUUCUUUAAGAAUAUGAUGUCACCAAAGAAAGCCCCAGUACAACAAAAGGGAAGGUCCGGAGCAAGUAGAGCUAUCACUAAAUUUAUUUGGGGUACUGAUGGACAAAGGCCACAUUAUGGGGCAGCUGGUUCUUCCAAGUCAAAGGAAGCCUAUAGAGGACGGAAAGAUGGUUCAGGCACCCUCUCAUCUUUUUUCAAAAUGGGGAAAAAGGGUGAAGGUUCACCUGCUAGACGUUAAAUCCACAUCAAUGAGUGCAGCAGAAAGGAAUGCUUCAAAAGUGGAAAAAGAAUUCUUGCUCGAUGUCGUGUAUUAACAGUCUUACCACUUCAUGUAUUAACUGGCAUUCACUCCACCCUCAAAAAAUGACUGGCAUACAAAUAUGAUUGAUCCAUUACUGAUCAGGUUUAUAGCAAGGUUGUUUAAUUCAAAUUAUCUGUUAACUUAAUUAUUUUAAAGCAAGAAAACACCUUUUAUUUAAAUUUCUUUAAUUUGAACCACUGGAUAAUAUAAAUAAGUAAUUUUAACAGGAGUAGACUGUAUAAGUUGCACCGUAAAUGGAAUAUCUUAUUACUUAUAUUCACUCCAUGGUUAUUAUAAUGGCCUUAAAGAUGUCAAGAUUCUUUAAAAAUCACUAUUUUCAACAGCCUUUUCUACAAACACAGAAAUAAGGAACUUAAUGUUUUUCAAGAAAGUUUACUGCAUCUUGACAUAGGUUUGCCUUUUGUCCAAAACCAUCUGUUGGCAGAGUUUGCUACAAAAGGAUAUUAUUAACAAGGCAAUUGUUAAUGUUUUACUAAAUAUUUUAGCACUGUAUAAAAAUAAAACAAAACUCAUCUGUCCGUUGGUAUGAAGAUCAAUAAACUCCAAUACAUGCCAUUAGUGACUUGGGCCUGAGGAAGCAGUUCAAUAACACUGUUAAAGCUGCUGAAUAAUUCUGCACUUGCACCAUGUAAACUUUAGUGUGCUGUUAUGAACAAAAGCAGCAGUACCAGUUGUAAAGCUGUGAAACACCAAGAGUAUUAUAGUAACCUGAAACUAAUGGUAACUCUUAGCACCGAGAAGGUUUGUUCGAUUAACUAAAUUCCAUACGAAUGGCCCGCUGCCUGCCCAUUCCUAUGUGAGUGCUCUUUUGAAUUGCACUGUUCUUGUACCAAGUAAUAUUUUAUCUUUAUACAUACAUAUUUGUACCCUCAAUUUGUUUUCUUUAUGGCUUGUAAAACUAAUCGUCCUUUAAACAGCAACCUUAUGCUCAGUAAAACCUCAAGGUGACAAGUGGUCAACUUUCUCACAGCUAUCAUGUGAUAACUGGCAUUCACAUUAAAUGUCACAAAGACAAAUGUCUCCGCACUUGUAAAUAAUGCAAACAUGCACUAAACACUACCCACCCAAAUACUUAAAUUGAAAGUGUCGUACACCUUCCCAGAUCUCAAAUGUUAGUAUACUUCAUAUGGUGCCAGACAUUUUCUACUGGAGAUGCAGAACAAAUGCAAACCAGCCGCAUCUUUCCUCAGUACUGAAUCCUGCUGCUACUGCUGCUCUUCAAUAAGAAAUGUUUCUUCUGUCAUGUGUGAUUUAAAAUUCAAUGGAUGACAUGAAAUGCUCUCCAGCCAUCACCUGCUUUUUUUUUGCAUUCUCCAAUUGAUAAUGCCAAAAAUAAAUGGGCAGGUGGCUGUGGAGAGUUAUUAACGUUGGUUUUCCAAUAUAUUGCCAGUUUAUGUAUAGUAACAUGCUUCUAGAGAAUACAUACUAGGAAAAGCUGAGUGAUUGCAUGUGAACAAUUUUUUUCAGAAUGUAUAUGUAAAAUAAAAUAAUGCACCUAAACACUGUUUGUCCAUGUUAAAAUAAAGUUAAAAUUAUAAUUCAA